AUGAGUACUCAUUCUCAAUCCCCUGAACCAUCUGCCCCACUUUCCAGUCAAACCAAGCACCAUGGGUCCGGGAGGCAUUGGACUGAUGAAGAAAGUGCUCUAUUGGAAAAACAUCGGCAGGAGUACAGAGACGCCAACGACGCUGCUCGUGCUGAGAUAUUUUCUCGAGUUUUGCAAGACAUGCUCGACAUACUCCCCAAUGGAAAAUCGUUCAAGAAGGAAGAAAGAUCAGCUGUUAAAAAAGAUAUUAAAGAGUGGUUUGCCCGGUACAGUCGUAAGAGAAGUCAGAAAAUGCCGAGGAUGGGAAAGUCGUGGCAUGCCCGGCAUGUGUUCCAGCAUGAGAACAAGGAUGCCAUCGAUACCGAAGCGAAAAGGCUUUGUGCCAAAGCCAUUGAAGAGGGACAAAAGAGGCCUAAAGGGGGAGAUCCCACUCAUUUUGAUUUUCGGGAGCGGGUCGUGACUCAAAUGAUGGGAAAACUGAAGAAAAGGGAGAAAGACGUACUGCAGAGGACGGCCGAGGAGUACAACAAGAAGGGAGUUGACCCGGAACUCAAGUCCAAACUGGCUGUAAAGAACUGCACGGCUUGGAUGCAUGCAUUUUCCAAGGAACUUUAUGACACAAUGGGUGUCUGGGUCUUUAUCUUAGGAUGUUAUCUGAAGCCCGAUGGUAAUUUGGACGUCUCGACGUACGACUUCAAUCAAGAACUCGGCAAUGGGAAAGACUUUAUUGAUAACCAUAGCUGGACUUUCCAUGAGGAAGGAAUAUCGGUAUCUUCUUGGAGAGCACACAAUGAAGAAUACUAUGGGUUGGAGGAUCUUGCUUUGGCCAAAGGAGGACACCGAUCCCAGGGUGCUAUGACUUUGGAGAAGAACCUAUACCUGGAACCUAUUCUACCCAAUCCAUCGAAACCACCACUUAAAACUUCCCGUGAUAUUCAAAUUUGGCGGCUGAAUGUUCUUCGUACAUUUGUCAACCAGCACUAUACUGGGCAGAGUAAGGGAUCGGCUCCUUGGACGGCUAUUGGAUCAAAGUUACUUGACUUCAUUGAUCUAGAAUAUAUACCCCCAGCUUGGAGAUCAGUAAAUGGAGAAGGUAACAACUUUUACAAGUUUCUUGAUCCCUCCAAAUUCCCGAUGGAGAUGGUCACUGAAGCUCUCCAGUUUUGUGUUGGGAAGGGCAAGAAGCCCGGCAGAAGCAAGGGUCAAAGGAGAGGCCGGGCAGCAACCGAGUCACCGUCAGAUGAGGAAGCCAGGCCAAAGAGAAAGGAAGGGGUGGAAGAUCGGCAGUUCGAUGACAACAGUUGGAAGGAUUUGGAUGUGGACAAGCCGGCCAAGAAACGAACCGAACAGUUUUCUAAGGAUGACUGGACUCCUGAUUGGGAUGGCUCCGAUGACGAUGGAGAAGACUUGGACGUGGAGAAACCAACCAAGAAACCAACCAAACAGCAUGACGAACAUCGUGAGGAUGGCUCCGAUGAUAGUGACUCAGACUCCGAUAAUGGUCAAGAGAGGCCAAAGCAGGAUACUCUGACCGAGCCCACAGUGAAACCUAGCAGGGUCAACCCGACCUUGGAAGAGGAUAGAGACUCGGGAUCAGAUUUGGGCUCAGACGAUGCUACGAUCACUGUAGAUACCAGCCCCGAGCUUCAGCCUCGGUACAACGACACCCGGGCUCUCUCCCAUGAAGUACCAUCGGACACUGAGGUCUUGGCUGAUGAUACAUUUUGGGAAGCUGACCUGGGCUGUGGGGUGGAGUCGGCCGAUCGAGCGAAGAAGAGAAAAUUCACUGAUGAGGAGGAUACACCCUGCAAGUUUCCUCGGUUAGAGAAGGGUUACAAACUUGGCCCGAGGAGUGCCCGACCAGGCAAAGUCAAAUGCUGA